AUGGUUUCAUUGCUAUUAUUGUCUACUGUCUUUUUGUUAAGUGUGAAUAAAGCUAUUAGUCAAUGUCCACCUCCCUCAGGCAUUUAUCUGAAGUAUGAUGGAAACUGUUACUCCAAUGGGUCAUAUUUUUGGGAUAAUAACAUCAAACCAACUCCUAUAGAGUGUGGAUUACCUGGUGCUACUAUGGAUGAUGGGCAAUGGAUUGGUCCUAAUGGAACAGUUCCUUGUCCUGGGAGCAAUUCAAAUCUUAAUUGUAAUGUUGGGUUAUCAGGAGCUAGUCUUAGUGUUCACAUACCUGCUACUUUCCAAGUAUAUCUUCAGCCACCUGGUGAUGGUUGGUACAAGUGCUGUCUACCAACAAAUUGUUCAGAUCCUAACACCAACAUCAUCUUUGCUAAUAUAUUCAGAUUUGCACAGAUACUCUCAUUUACUGUUACUGGUCUUUCUUCUGAUAUGACAGUGUAUCCUCAGGAAUACAAACUGAUCUGUACUAAAAUUGGACAUGGUUAUUAUGGCAUUAGUAUGAGGAUUGGUAAUACUACACUGGCUAGUUACACUUAUUGUAUUGAUAAACUUAUUUGUUCCCCUUGUCCUGGUUCUGUGUUAGUUAGUAGUACCCACACAGUAAG